AAAUUUUAUUUCAUCAAAAAAAACUUGUUCAUUUAAAAUCGUGCGACUUUUAUGCAAAAUUCCAUAAGUUUUUCUACGAAGAUAAGUGAUUUUUUUAUUCCUUCUGAGGUGCGCGAACGUGAGUUUUAGGAUGUCCAAAGCAGUUAACAAAAAGUUCAAAUGGCAGCUAGAUUUUACGACCAGAUCUCGGAGCAGCGGAGACAUCGCAUCGCCACCGGGAUUCAACCCUUCGGCAGGACAGACCCACAGUGAAGUGGCUCGCGACAAUGAUCAAAGUCACCUGAUCUUGAAAAAGUCCUGGGACAUAGCGCUGGGACCGAUCAAGCAGUUCCCCAUGAACCUUCUGAUAAUGUACAUGUCCGGAAAUUCGAUCAGUAUUUUCCCGAUAAUGAUGGUGGUGAUGAUGUUUAUCCGUCCAAUCAAGGCGGUCCUCUCGACUGGUGCAACGUUCAAGGUGAUUGAAGGGAUUCAAGCCACCGGGCAGAAGUUUGUGUAUUUUUUGGGAAAUCUGGUGAACAUUGGACUGGCUUUGUAUAAGUGCCACAGCAUGGGACUGCUGCCGACGCAUGCCUCGGAUUGGUUGGCUUUCGCUGAUCCACAAGCCCGUCUUGAGUACUCCGGAGGCGGUAUGUCAUUGCUGUAAGAUAGGAGACUAUCUAAGCAGCAAAAUUAUAUAUUAUUUCUGAAAAUUCUGAUAAAGCAAGAUUUUGAUAGAAACAACGGUUAGUUAAAUAUUA